CGCGGCGGCGGCGGCUGGGGAGCGGCUGUGGGCUCGGCGCGGAGCGCGCGGGCGUCCCCGUGAGUUCCUCCCACGUCGCCCGGGGCUCGCUGCCGCCCCCGCCGGCGCCGAGAGUCCGGCCUGGGCCCGGCUCCUUUCCGGGCCCCCCGGCGGCGGCGGCACCCACCGCCCGGGCCCCGAUGAGUAACUCCCGGAACAACCGGGUGAUGGUGGAAGGCGUCGGGGCCCGGGUAGUGCGUGGGCCGGACUGGAAGUGGGGGAAGCAGGACGGCGGCGAGGGCCAUGUGGGCACCGUGCGGAGCUUCGAGAGCCCCGAGGAAGUGGUGGUGGUGUGGGACAACGGCACGGCCGCCAACUACCGCUGCUCCGGGGCCUACGACCUGCGCAUCCUGGACAGCGCGCCCACCGGCAUCAAGCAUGAUGGAACCAUGUGUGAUACCUGCCGCCAGCAACCAAUCAUUGGCAUUAGAUGGAAAUGUGCAGAAUGUACAAAUUAUGAUUUGUGCACAGUUUGUUAUCAUGGAGAUAAACAUCAUUUAAGGCAUCGCUUUUAUCGAAUUACCACACCAGGAAGUGAGCGGGUUUUGUUAGAGUCUCGUAGAAAAUCUAAGAAGAUUACAGCAAGAGGAAUCUUUGCAGGUGCCAGAGUGGUACGAGGAGUAGACUGGCAGUGGGAAGAUCAAGAUGGAGGAAACGGGCGGAGGGGAAAGGUCACAGAAAUCCAGGACUGGAGUGCAUCAAGCCCACACAGCGCAGCCUAUGUUCUCUGGGAUAAUGGUGCUAAGAACCUCUAUAGAGUUGGCUUUGAGGGAAUGUCUGACCUGAAGUGUGUCCAGGAUGCCAAAGGAGGUUCUUUCUACAGAGAUCAUUGCCCUGUGCUUGGUGAGCAGAAUGGCAACAGAAAUCCUGGUGGAUUGCAGAUUGGAGACCUGGUGAACAUAGAUCUUGACCUAGAAAUUGUGCAGUCUUUGCAGCAUGGUCAUGGAGGGUGGACCGAUGGAAUGUUUGAGACUUUGACUACAACUGGAACUGUUUGUGGUAUUGAUGAAGAUCAUGACAUUGUGGUGCAGUAUCCAAGUGGCAAUAGAUGGACUUUUAAUCCUGCUGUUCUCACUAAAGCAAACAUUGUCCGAAGUGGAGAUGCUGCUCAGGGUGCAGAAGGGGGUCCCUCGCAGUUUCAAGUGGGUGACCUUGUGCAAGUUUGUUAUGAUCUGGAAAGAAUUAAACUUCUACAAAGAGGACAUGGCGAAUGGGCUGAAGCGAUGCUUCCAACUUUAGGUAAAGUUGGCCGAGUACAGCAGAUUUAUUCAGACAGUGAUUUAAAGGUGGAAGUUUGUGGAACAUCUUGGACUUACAACCCAGCAGCAGUUUCCAAGGUGGCCUCUGCAGGAUCAGCCAUUAGCAAUGCAUCUGGUGAAAGACUCUCACAACUCCUGAAGAAAUUAUUUGAAACCCAAGAAUCUGGUGACCUCAAUGAAGAAUUAGUUAAGGCUGCUGCCAAUGGAGAUGUUGCCAAAGUGGAGGAUUUGCUAAAAAGACCAGAUGUAGAUGUGAAUGGGCAGUGUGCUGGCCAUACAGCUAUGCAAGCUGCUAGUCAAAAUGGACAUGUUGACAUCUUGAAGUUGCUUUUGAAGCAAAAUGUGGAUGUAGAAGCAGAGGAUAAAGAUGGAGACAGAGCAGUACACCAUGCAGCCUUUGGAGAUGAAGGUGCGGUCAUAGAAGUACUACACCGAGGCAGUGCUGAUUUGAAUGCUCGCAACAAGCGCCGACAGACACCGCUUCAUAUUGCUGUUAAUAAAGGUCAUCUUCAAGUUGUGAAGACAUUAUUGGACUUUGGUUGUCAUCCCAGUCUCCAGGAUUCUGAAGGUGAUACCCCUCUUCAUGAUGCAAUAAGUAAGAAACGUGAUGAUAUCCUGGCUGUUCUUUUGGAAGCUGGAGCAGAUGUUACCAUCACAAACAAUAAUGGAUUCAAUGCUCUACACCAUGCUGCACUGAGGGGAAAUCCCAGUGCAAUGCGUGUUUUACUCUCUAAAUUACCCAGACCAUGGAUUGUGGAUGAAAAGAAAGAUGAUGGUUAUACUGCCUUGCAUCUGGCUGCUCUUAACAAUCAUGUAGAAGUGGCUGAACUUUUGGUACACCAGGGUAAUGCAAACCUGGAUAUCCAGAAUGUGAACCAGCAGACUGCCCUCCACCUUGCUGUUGAACGACAGCACACCCAGAUUGUUAGGCUUUUAGUGCGUGCAGGUGCUAAGCUGGACAUUCAGGAUAAGGACGGGGACACUCCUCUGCAUGAGGCCCUGAGGCAUCACACUUUGUCUCAGCUGCGUCAGCUGCAAGACAUGCAAGACGUGGGGAAGGUGGAUGCUGCCUGGGAACCAUCCAAAAACACAUUAAUCAUGGGACUUGGUACCCAAGGAGCAGAGAAGAAGAGUGCAGCAUCUAUUGCAUGUUUCCUGGCAGCAAAUGGUGCUGAUCUUAGCGUUCGAAACAAGAAGGGUCAGUCACCCCUUGAUCUCUGUCCCGAUCCAAGUCUUUGCAAAGCACUGGCAAAGUGUCACAAGGAAAAAGUCAGUGGUCAGGUGGGUUCUCGGAGUCCUUCUAUGAUUAGUAACGAUUCUGAAACCUUAGAAGAGUGUAUGGUGUGCUCAGACAUGAAGAGAGAUACUCUUUUUGGUCCAUGUGGGCAUAUUGCAACCUGUUCUUUGUGUUCUCCACGAGUCAAGAAAUGCCUCAUCUGUAAAGAACAAGUUCAGUCCAGGACAAAGAUUGAAGAAUGUGUGGUAUGCUCCGACAAGAAAGCAGCUGUUCUUUUUCAGCCCUGUGGACACAUGUGUGCUUGUGAGAACUGUGCCAGUCUCAUGAAAAAGUGUGUGCAAUGCCGGGCCGUGGUGGAGCGAAGAGUGCCUUUCAUCAUGUGCUGUGGAGGCAAAGGUUCAGAAGAUUCCACUGACGACAUCACAAGUGGGAAUAUUCCAGUGUUACAGAAGGACAAGGAUAAUACCAAUGUCAACGCGGAUGUGCAGAAGCUGCAGCAGCAGUUACAGGACAUUAAGGAGCAGACAAUGUGCCCUGUGUGUUUGGAUCGUCUGAAGAACAUGAUCUUCCUCUGUGGCCAUGGAACAUGCCAGCUCUGUGGGGAUCGCAUGAGUGAAUGUCCUAUAUGUCGCAAGGCUAUUGAACGAAGGAUUCUUUUGUAUUAACGGAAAAGCGGUGUGUUUUGUUAACUAAGGGAUGUCUGGUCAUGAGACCUCAGUAAGCUGUUUGGCAGUUCUAAUGAAUUAACUUCUGAAAUCAGAGUUUCUUUACUAGAGUGUAAUUAAACUGCAAUUAGAUGAACACCACCACCAAACUACAAAGCAGUAUUUGAAAGCAUGUGGAGUUUUUUUGUGUGUGUUAUUUUUCCUUUAAAUUUGAAACAUCUGAUCCAUGUAAUUUAUAGAUAAUUUACUUUUGGCUUCUAAGAAAAUCCUUUAAGGAUCUCCUGGUUUUGGUUUUGUGUGUGUGUGUUUUCCCUGGUGUGUGUUUUAUAAGUUUGUUAAGACCACAGAAGACAUUAUUUCUUGUGCUCAGUCAUGGUUUAGCUGAGUGAAUUAGUGCAGGUAGGUAUUCUGAAAAGUCAUUCAUGAAAUUAAAGAGGCAAGUGAACCAUUAUGUAACACGUGCAGAAUGCUAAAGUUGCAGGACAAGUUCCACAUUGUAAAGGGGAUAUUAAAGGGAAAUUUCUUUUCUUAAGAUAAUAAGAAAUUAUCCAGAUGUUUACUUCUGAAUUCCUAGAGCAAAUGGAAGCAUAGAACGAGAAAUAGUGACUUUGUAUUUGAUUUACUUUGUAGCUUUAAAAGAAAAGUAGCUUUAAUUUGAAUUAAAUUAUGUGGUUCAAAAUGUUAGAAAUAGAAAAAAAGGAAAAUAAAUAAUCAUAGAAUCAUAGUGGAGAAUUUAAGGGGAAAAUAAGAAUACUUGUUAACUGACCAUUGUUAUUUGCAUUUCUGUUACUAAUUUGCACCUGUUUGGUUCACCCAGCCUUUAAAAACCUGUCUGUAAAGGGCGCUCCCGUUUCCCUGUGGUUCAUCUGAGCAGUAACAUGAUGGUGCCUGUUUGGGCCCCUGAGACAGUGAUUGUGUUGGGUGAUGGCUUGUUCAAGACAGCAAUCUUUUCUUUGCUGUAUCUAUUAAUUCUGAUAGUGUUACAGUUUUACCUUUGUCAAAAAGCCUUACUUCAAGUCUUUUUCAGAUAGAAAGUCUAACUGAAAAGAUAUCUUUAUACCUGCAGAUGACGAUAUUAUACUGCCAACAAUAUCCAAGAUAUAACACAUAGCUAAUAAAGAGUGUCAGGGCAUUUGCACAAAUAUGUCUGAUUACCUGUAGAUUUUCUGUUUUAUACAUUUUGACUAUGACAUCUCAUUUCCCUUCUUUUGAGUGAGUUGGUAUUGUAUCUGAGGUAACUACACAUAAAUAUUUUAAGAUUUCUUGCUGCUAGAUCAUCAAAAUGUCUGCUCUUAGUGUCUACUUGGUAUAUCAUUCAUUAGCUUACUUCCCAUAUGCAGUUAUUUCCUAUAAUUCUUGUAGCUUUUUCCCAUUGUGCAUCUGGCUAGAAAUUCCAGCUUUUCUGCAACAACAACUCAUUUUAAAAGUACAGUCCCUAACACUCACCACACUGUGUUUCUGGCUGUUCAGUCGCUGCUGUCUUCCCAGUUCCAGUGAAAGCAGUGGUGAGCUUCGCCAGCUGGCUUUGUAGUCUCGGUGACUUCUUAUUUCUGUUUAUCUGAGUAACUGAGCAUUUAGUAGAACACUAAAAUAUUUGUAAAUUGCAGAUUUGAAACUUUAUAUUGACUUUACACCAUUAUCUAGUAAGGAGCCACUGAGGCUUUUUUUUAUAACUAUAUUUUGAACUUAUAAAAAGAUUGAACAUGUGACUAAUGGUCACAUAGAGACAAACAUACUUAUUUUCUUGCAGAUUUGAAAACAAAUGAUGUCGGGAUUUUCUUUUUUUUCUCCCCCACCAAAUCUGCUCUUGAGGACAUCAGGUGGUGCAGAGGGAACACCUGGCUGACCUCUGCUGCGCCUGGCCAGUCAGUGGAGGGAGAGGCACAGCUUUUCAGACUGGUCCUCUGUUUGUCUUCUGAGCUGUGGUGGUAAAACUUAAGCUCCUAAAAUGUAAUACCAUCUUUCAGAUUAGUUCAGCUAUUUUUUUCAAAUUAAAAAUCUAAUAACUUUAUACUGUAGAACUCAUAAAAUCGUUAUAACUUUAGUACUCAGUAGUUGUGACUGCCUACUUUUUAUCAUUUUCAAAUGUAUUUUAUGAAUAGAAAAGAUUUCUCUCUUCAUGUUUUCUAGCACCUAAAAUUAUUUUUACUUUGUUGGGUUUGUGAGAGAGAAUAGGAUUACAUUUGAUCUUAGCCAGAAAGCUGAGAAGAAAUGAAAAAGAAGGAACUCAAAUGAUUUACGUGAUUUUCCUCCAACUCUCUGGAACUGCUACCUCUUAUUCUGUGUCUCCUUGCGGUACUUCGCAGGUGUGUUUUCUCCUCAUUAACUGAACCUCUUUAUCCCUUGCCUCAAAGAUCUUUAUUUCUCUGGAAUCAUUAAUAAAUAAAUGAACCACUCAACCAAACAACAUUCAAUCAUUCAUUCAAAAAAGUACUUACUAGCCUUCAGGGGCUAGGUAUACAACGUUGAAAAUGGCCAGCAUCUUAGCGUACUCAAAACUGAUUUGCGAUACUAUGUAUUUGGAACAAUUUAUAGUUAAAAGGAAGGAUCCAGAGGUACUGAUGCUGCUUUUUCCUAAUGUUUCUGAAAAGUUGUUGUUGUCACUAAAUGGACCUGGAUCCUCUUCUGUACCAUCAUCCUUCCACGUUUUCUCCUUCAUUCUUCUGCGUGUCAGCUUUGUUACUCAAAACACUCAAAACUUACCCGAUGGUGCUAUUCUAAUUGCUCACAUAAUUUGACGUUCUUACUGCUAAUACCAUAUGCAUACUUAAUUUUUGCUGGAGGCAAGAUUUUCAAGAGAUAAUUUUGUAUUCAUGUAGGAAUAUGAUAAUAUUACACAAAUAUAAUAUUAGACAAAUAUUCAGUUUAGCUGACUGGAUUAUGCUUAAGAUAUUUGUAGUUUUAAAUGUUGCAAGUUGACUAGCUGACUAUUAAGGCUUAAAAUGAGUAGAUAAUGUUGGAAAUUAUUUUGUUAAAUUUACAUUUUUGGUGGCUUUAGUGUGUAAGAACAUUUUCACAUGUCGAAUUGCAUGCUGCUUAAGAUUGUCUAAUUCAAAUUUCUGAGCUUGCUAGUUGAUUUUACGUGAUUGAAAUAUACUAUCCAGAUACAUGUUGCUGAAUAGUUGUUCCUUGUUUAUUCUGAAUUAUGGACUCUUUUUGGACUAGGAAUUAUUCACAUUUAUGGACUAGGAGAAUUAGGAAUGGGGUAUGGUCAGGUCAGGACAGUAGGGUUGCUCGAGCAAGCAGGGAGGAGAAAAUUUGAACUAAGAGAAAAAGAGAAUCAUGUGGACUUCUUCCCAGCAUCAGUGGCAAGAGUAUAUUUAAACUUCUUUAUGAAAAGGAUCUUUCCACCUGUCAGUCUUUACUGCAUUUUAAAUGACAGUUGCUUUAUAAAUUUCUACACUUUAAUGCAGCUUGCUUUUUUUUUUUUUUGGUAAUAUAAAAAGGAAAAGCACUUAUCCUCCUUUGUGUAAGACGUUUUAUAGUAAUACUUUGUGUAAAGUGUUGAAUUUUGAAAUUGGGGUUGUUUUGCAUUAUUUUGUUGCGCUAAAAAAAUCACAUAAGUUACCAUCUUAACUGUUUCUAAGGGUCCAGUUUGGCCAUGGCAAGUACAUUCACAUUGUUGUGAAAUAGCUUUCCAACUUGUAAAACUGAAACUCCAUACCCUUUAACAACUCCCCUCCCCCACUUGUUUCCAGGGGAAUAAAAAUUUGUCCAAGUGUUAGUCAAGAUGCACCUGAAUCAUUUAGCAGUUUGUGUUUGCAGGAUCUAAAGUCAUGGCAAACAUCAGUCUCCUACAAUUUGGGAUAACACAACAUUUCUCACUCUCCACUCCAACGACUAUGCAUAAUCUAGUAGGUUUUAAAUAUCCUAAAUUAGAAGGAUUUGUUCUUUCAUUUUGAUCCAGAGGAGAGAAACACAUUUGAAAUAUCAGAAUUAGGUUAGCUUUGAAUUUGGGAAGGUAUAAGAUUUUUCAAAAAUUAAGUGUGCCUUGCUGUUCAAAAUGUCAAUUAUGUUUUAAAUCUCCUUGUAAAAGUUUCGGAGUAUGUCUUUCUUUCAAAAAGGCAAAUUAUAAUUUCACUUGCUUGAAUGUUAUAAUAGGAAUGCUUACUGAUAUUACUUGAUAAUUAUAUAUAUCCUUGGAACAUUAACAUAUAUUUAACUAUAGCAGUAUUAAUAAUUACAGUUGUACUUCUUUAAAACAUUAAAUCUGAGGAAACUGUUUAAUGGUGUCUCAUGUGUACAUUGCUUUACUAUAGUGAAGGGGAAAGUCUUUUAUUAAGCCUCAGUUUACUGAUAACUGGUUAGUAGUGGAUGAAACUAUAGCAUAAAAAUAGGAACUAGAUAGUGGAACUGAUGAGUUAAAAUUGUAGAUUGCUACAUUGGCAUUUUCUACCUCCUCCUUGGUCGGAGUAUUACUUUUCCCAGCAUUUAUUCUUAUUUGUAGGUAAGAGGAAUUGGAACCAGAGGUUGAAAUUGAGAAUUUUGUUGAAUUUAAGCAGUAGGCACUGAGAAGUGACUUGUCCUGUGAAUUCAGUGCCUAAAUCCAUAACUACAAGUUACAACUGAUAUGUAAAAAAGUCUGAGAAAGCUACUAUUGCUGAAUGCUUUACCUUUUCUGUACAGUAUACCAGGGUGGGUUUUUUUUUUCUUCACAUAAACAUAACCUCUUUCCUCCAAAAAAAAAAAAAACCAAAAUGGUCUUGUAAUUUUUUAUAAAAUAAAUAUGUGCCAUUUUGUCUGAGAUUUAUAAUUUCAGGAAGCUAUUGAAAGUUCUGACUCAGGGCUUUUUACCAAUUUAAGCAAUUGUUAAUUAUAUUUUGGAAAUUCCAUCCACAUAAUUCGUCAGUGCCUUGAAAGAAUGAUUGGCAACACCCUCAAUCGCCAUGGCAGGUGGUCAGUGGUGCACGUGUGUUACUGGUGCGCACGCUCAGAAGUCAUAUUGCUUUGCCAUGUCAUAAUGAUGCUUUGUGUGUGCUGGGUUUGGGUCAUUCUUGAGAGGAAGUCUCCUUAGAGUUGCACUUGCUGUUUGUUUAAAAAAAAAAAAAAAACUGAUUAUUUAUGGCCAUGACACUGUUACCAGAAAAGUAAUUCUUUGCUAAGCCAUUAUGCAGAGUCAUCUAAAAGUAGCAUCUGGGAAGAGAAGAUAGAGCCUACAGUCUGCUAUUUUAGAAUGAAAGAAGGAUCUGGGAAACACAGAUUGUCUUCCCCUCAAAGAGAGAGAGAAAAAAAAAAGACUUAUGUUCAACUGAUUCCGUUUUUAAAAAUACAUAUAUUUUUAAAGGAAACCAUGAAUUGCAUGUCAUUCUUACUGCUAGUCUUGUAGACUAUAUGUAGAAAAUUGUUUUUCUGUUUAAUAUGUGUGUGUCAUUCUAAAUGCAUUGUAUUUGGUAAUCUCAGUUUGACUCAUAGCAGUGUUUCCCUUUGUGUUUUUUCCGGAGUUAUAGCUUAUUGAUCAAUGUUGGAUUAAGUUUAAAGUCUUACUUGUGAAUAUAGUUUCUAUAAUGGCAAAUGAUUCUUAAUAGUUUUUGUUAAAAAUUGCUUAGUAGCAGCUAAGUUUUUAGAAAUAAAUGCAAACAUGAACCAUUAAUAAAAUCUACAGUGUAAUAUCA